CCUACUGCGGGGAGAUGGAGUGAGGCUUUUAUGGAGGGAAAGUGGUGGCGGCAGGCAGACUGGCGGCGGCGGCAUUAUGGAGGGAAAGUGGUCGGCGGACUGGCGGCGGCGGCAGGGCGCGCGGGCGUCGGCGGCGGCUGUGUGGGCGGACGUCGGCGGGCUGGGCGGGCUGCGCGGUCGGGCUGGGUCGGCUGCGCGGCGCGGAAGAGAGGAGGCGGCGCGGAGGCGGAGGUGUCGGGGCGCGGAGGCUGGGCGAGCAGCGACUGCGGAGGUGGCGGCCAGCGCGGCGGGGAGGCGGAGGUGGUGAGGCGACGCAGAGGUGAUGCCUCUGUUGAGAAGAAAAUGGAAGGGUUUGGGGGGGGGGGGUUGUGCUAAAAAAAAGAAUUUUUUUUGCUUCUGUGGAGAUUCGAAAACUGGUCUGGUUUAAUGAAAUCAAGUGCCCAACUAGUAGGAAUCCCGUGUGCAACAUGUUUAAGAAUCAGGUCCAAAGCAAUAAAUUGUUGUUUCUCAUAUUUGGGCCUUGUUGUGCAACUCUUAUUCACAACAGAAAAUAAAAACCCCACUAAACACGAUUUUUUUUCUUGGUUUUCAAAAUUUCAUAAAACAAAACAGACAACAAAAACAAGCAACAAUACUAAACGACAGCAAUCAUUCAUAAAUUGAUCAUUCAACUGAUUUUGAAGAAUUUUCUUGAUUAACUGUAUAUCUGAAAAUGCUCUUCGGAACUUACAGUUGCAACAAGUAAAGUCAACACUAAAUUCAUAUGGGAAAUUUGAACGAGAAGUGUUCAGAGUGGCCGCAGCAGGUGUGAACGUGAGAGUUUUACGAGAGUGGGGCCGCUGACAACUGGAGUGUAAAGCGGACUGUUAGUGUGUGAUAUGAGAUCCAUUAUGAAAUCUCUCCCAACAACUCAAGUUAUUGGGAUCAACUAGUUCUUGACAAGAUAUAUGAGCCUUCUACGAUCAAGAGGUCCUGUGUUCGAAUACCGAUGACCCCAUUUGUGAAGCACAUGAUAUUCUUGUAUUGAGACCUGUGCAAAUGAAGCCCGUAUGAGUUGACUCCCUUUUGUUUGAGGGGGCAUAUUAGUGUGUAGACUAUAGUUAUUAGAAAUGUGUCGAAGAUCCCAAAUUACAGUUCUUACAAAAGUCAAACUUGUAGAAUGUUUGACAUGGUUUCAACGUCUAAAGUAGAAAAAGACUUCUAAAUAACGCGGCCAAACACAGACUUAGUAGUGAUAAAAAUAGUGAGUUGUUGAGUGAUGUAUGAGUUUGAGCCAAUUCCAACUAAUUAAUAUGUUGGGGGUAAAAGAAUUGCCUUCACACAUAUAAAAGGAUUAUUACAUUUUCUUAUAAAGAUUUAAUUAUUACUUAAGCUGUUGUAAGGUAGGGAUGACAACAGGUCGGGUUGGGACGGAGCAGAUAGUGCAUAUGUGUUACCCUACUAAAAAUAGUUCGGGUUUUACCUAUACCCAUAUCCACAUAAGAACCAGGUAGAAAAUCAAAAUCAUGCACAUACUCGUUCGGGUUGCGGGUAUCCACGGUUAUCCAUCGGUUAUAAUUUCUCUUUAUAACUACAACCAACAUGUUAACAUUCACACGCAUACUCACAUUAUACAAGUGGAAAAGUACUACAAUAAUUCGAAAUUGUAUAUUUGUAUGCUAAAUAUAAAAUAUAUUGAUAAAAGUGAU